GGAGUCAACAGUUUAUCGGCUUCUUUCUUUCUUUCAACUCUGAAUUCUUAUUCGAUUCAGCUUGUAAUGCGACAACAUGUCUCGAUCCGGACAGUCUUUGGGGAGGAGCUUGACCUUGACAGAGGAAUUAGAGAGACUUGAGCAGUCAAUUACUCUUACCCUACAAGAAAUUGACCACAAUUUCAGCAAAGCGCACCGCAUCGUCACCACUAGCAUUCUCCCUCUAGUUGAGCAAUAUGGUGAACAAUCCAAAGCUGUUUGGGAAGCUUCCAAGUUCUGGAAACAAUUCUUCGAAGCUUCCGCAAAUGUGUCUCUUUCAGGUUAUGAGGAACUAGCGGAAGAAAAUGAAGAGACCACGACAGCCGAGGAAACGACACUGGACGAGACCACAUCGGAUUACAACAAUACUACCAAUGCUGAGGAAACGGCUGAGCAGUCGGGCUACCAGGAUGAGCAUCAAGAACAGCGAAAUAUGCCCGACGACUCCCUACUCGACGAAGCUGAGAUGACGGGCAGUACGCCACGUGUACCUACUAGCAAAUCGCUACACGUGAAGCCACAGUUCGCCGAAUUCGAGUCCCCCUACGAGAAACUGAGGCGCGAGCUCAAAGGCGAUACCACCAUCUUUAAGGACGAUGAGCGAUUUGCCGAAGGCGAUGACGACGAAACAAUGGAGCUACCUGGUGAGCUACUUGGCCAUCCCAACCGCACAUUCACCAAAACGAGACUUCCGGAUAUGUCCAUGACACCGCGCUCUUCGUCCCUGCUCGAAGAACCCGGGCCGCAGUCCACGGCUCGUAAAAAUAAAGACCCGCUACUGCAUCGCCUUCUCGAUAAGAACUACCGGGUGCAAGCGACACCACACAAGAACGUCGUACCGAUACUACGUGCACGCGGCAGAUCGCCUGUCAAGGUCGGCGAAGGGGAAGAGGACCGCACGCGUCGGGCGCUGUGGCAGGACAGCCCGAUGAGCUCGCCCGAGAUGGCGGUACCGAAACUACGAAGUGAUUUAUACAUGUCUCCCGUGCGGUUACGUCAAAAUCGUGCUGGUGCCGCCAGCGGAGCGCCGAGGACGCCGGGGGUCAGCGUGCAGACGCCAACGACCUUGAGGAAGACGAGGGAUAUAUUCGCCGAGGCCAAGGGCAAGGGCCUGAGCACAAAUAAGAAGCCUAAAGAUGAGAUCACGUGGGACAGCGACGACGACGAUGAUUUCGGCGCUAUGAGCCCGCCGAAAACGAUUCAGUUUGUGUUGCCACCGAGUAAACUGAUGCAGACGCCUGCACGAGAAGCAAGCAGGCGAAUCGUGGACGAUAUUCUGAUCACGGCCGGUGCAGCACCAGAGGACUCAUCAGAGUAUAGUCCGACUAUGGUGAAGAUGAACCAGGACAUCCUGGACGACACGUUCUAAGAAGAUGCUUGCCUAAGUAUCUAUGUAAGAUGAUGAAUGUGGUCAUGACGUUACUAUAACCAAGACGCGGCGAGACUGCCAAGGGAGCAUGACAUUAUAUU